AUGAAGAGCUGGAAAGAACAAGCUGGCUUCAGAAGGGGUAAAAGCACUACAGAACAACUUUUCACAUUAAGAAACAUCAUUGAACAAUGUUCAGAAUGGAAUGCUCCUUUAUACAUCAACUUUGUAGACUUUGAAAAGGCGUUUGAUUCCAUCCACAGGGAAAGCUUAUGGUCCAUCUUAAAAGCUUACCACAUUCCAGACAAACUCAUCACAGUUAUAAAACUCUUUUACGACUCAUUUGAGUGUGCAGUCAUAGACGAAGGAAUACAAUCGGAAUGGUUUAAAGUAAAAACAGGAGUAAAACAAGGAUGUAUGAUGUCUGGUUUCUUAUUUCUAUUAACCAUUGACUAUGUCAUGAAACAAACGAUUAAAGAUCAAGAAACAGGAACCAGAUAA